AAUAUGUAGUCUGAAUCUGAUAUGUCUGAAUAUGAUGAAAAGAAGUUUGUAUUACCAAAAUCGACCAAAGAUCUUAAAGCUUGUUAGUAAUGUGGAAUGGUAUUGACGGUUGAGUAAUGGAAUAGGGAAGCGGAGUGCCCAAAUUCUUGCAAUGCUUCAUAGACUAAGUUAUUUUCAGGGUAAAAUUUAGUUAUAAAUUAAUGUAGUAUGAUAUGUGUUCUGAAGCCAUCACAAAGUUGGGUAAUGAGGAAAUUGGGGAAUCCUAAGAGUAUUCACCCAGGAUUAUAUGCAAUAGAUGUUUAGGCAGAUUGA